AUGGACUAUUUCUCUAAAUUUUUACGAACUGGAAGUCAACCUCCACCAAAGAUAGUUCAUGACCAUGCCUCAGAAUUUCAUCAAUCAUGGAAUCUAAUCAAAAACACCUUACAACACCCCGACGAACGCCAGUUGACCAAAGGAAUCAAGUCUACCGAUGUCCCUGUUCACCUUCAAUCUAUGGUUGAUUCAUUAGUAUGGGAAUCAUCGCGUACAGAAGAAGGGGCAACGGGUGCUUGCUUAGAGUAUUUACUCAAGAAUGAUGUAUUGGGUACUCUUGUCAAGCUCAGUGAACCUGAUCGGCCUUCUGGAAUACAAGCCGAAGUCUUACGUGCAGUACAAAACAUGGUGGUUCUUAUGGACGAACAGUUCCUUGUUCACUCUGCGGUUCAUAGAGCUGUGUUGAGAUUACUCAGGAACUGUGUCGGUGAUGACAUUCAGGAACAGUUGGACGGACGGAACAAGGUUAUGGGUGCAGCAAAGGAUAUUGUUCGUAGCCAGCCCUCAGAGUACGAGUUAGACUUGGUGAACUUACUUUGCAUCCUUUGCAGUCGGAUACGGACAUAUCGCGAACUAUUAAUGAUCUUUUUCCACGAUAAACACUGGUAUCACUCUGAGCCUUUGUUCUCUGUUGAAGAGGAAAAUGAAGAGGAUGAAGAGGAGGACGAAGAGAAGCAGACUCAAGAUAUUCAUGGAGAGUCAGAUGCUGUGCCACGUACACCUUCUCCAUCACCUUCCCAAACCACAGUAACCUCCAGUCCAGCCUCCUCUCACGCUCGGAAGCCAGAAUACGAGUUUCUUCUUUUCAAUUACCUCCUCCGAUUCGUACAUCGUGAGGGUCAAAUUGGCGAUUUCGCUCGAGCAGGGCUUCUCUUCCUGAUGGACGUUGCUAUGUCCCCUGGAGAGCCAGUACAUCGUUUGGCUGGUGAUGAACAAGCUGCAUCCUCCACAACGACAGAAUUUGCCUCUGCUGAUCCGAUCACCGAUGCUGCACUUGCAUUGGCAGAGUACAUCGUUGAUGGCGAUUUCUCUGAGGUGCUCGGAGCUGGUUUGGGUGCAGUCUAUUCACUGCUACCUUCUAAGCUGGAAAUACGUAACCCACAGACAGUAGAUCCUACUAACGUCAAUGGCAUGGUCAUCGGGAGCAACGGGCCAGAGACAGAGGAUGAAAAAGAGAAACUCGAGCUAGUUCGUGAGAAGAAUAGAGCAAUGGGCUUGGAAGAUGCCUCAAAUCCUGACUUUAAAUAUCGACUGGAUCAUUUCUUGAAGCUUCUCGAAUUUCUGCAAGAUGUGCUUCGUCGGAAUGUCAUUCAUGACUCCGAAUCUACUCUGGAUGCUUCCUCACUCGUCGGGACCGCUAUUGUACAGUCCAUUUUGGAUGCUGUUCGCAGAAUAUUCCUGGAGAAUGUCCUUUAUCCUUCAAUUCUGGAGUGCUCGGACAUGGAUGGGAGCGCAGUCGCUGUUAUGUCCUAUAUCGAUAUCAUGAUACGAACACUUGAUACCAACGGCCAGCUAUCUGACCUCUUGGUCGAGUUUUUAGUUAGCGAAGAUAACGACGAAGUCACGCGUCCACGACAUCGUCAAUCUAUGUUGACCCUUGGUGGUAAUGCCCCACCUCAAUCCAAGUCUGGUGCAAUUGCGGACAGACAAAACAAGCUCCGAAGAAGAAAAAGCAGUGCCAUGGUGCUGUUGGAGAUGGAAGCUCCCGACUCGAGGCGACAAUCAGAGUAUUUCACCUCCAUGGGUCGUUUCACUCUCAAGGACUUGAUGCUUGCAAACCUGCGAUCCAAACAUCAGCAGACGGCUACAGCUGCUCUGCAACUCCUACAAUCGAUACUUGACCAACAUUGUCAGCUGUGCGUUGAUCGGCUCCUUGUUGUUAUUUCUGAUCCGCAGGCAACCAACUAUCCUGAACCACCUAUGAUACCUCCAUCACUAGAUUCCCAGAUAUCCGUGGUAGAAGAGGAAGACGACGAGGAAGAAUUUAUAUACCCUGGUGCAGAAGAGAACGCCAAGCCAGCCUCAGCCGUACCUCCCGGCCCUGUUUUCUUACAACCAGAGACCACCUAUUCGACCCACGAGCGUGAGAUGGGCCUCUAUCUCACACUCGUUUCACGGGUAGAUCCAUCUCACAACGAAGAUGCUUUCAGCACAGGCUACGAUCACUACCUCCGGGAUGCACUGCAAUCGAUUCAAAGUCAAAAUUGUUUCCAUCUUGGUGAUGAUAUAGACUUGGUAACCAAGAUGAAACAUCGUCUUAAUGUAAAUGACCCUAUUUUGUCACUUGUCUUGGAAUCUCUUCGAGCAUUUUUCUCCAAUACACCCGAAUUCAACAUAUCUCUGACAGGCUUGUUGGCUGCGCUAGCUAUAUGCCCAUACCGUUCGCUCGCAGGCUGGUUGACCUGUGCCCCUAGUGAUACACCUCUUGUCAACGAGGGAGAUGACGAGGGAAAUAUUUCACUUGACGGCGAUGGCGAUGACAGGUCGAUCGACUUCCAGAUAGAGGAAAAACUGGCGCACGAUUCUAUUCUGUUACCCGCUUCAAGGCUCGAUGAGCAAUCACGGCCCGUGGUCCACUCUAUUUUCCAGGGACUGGUAGGCCAACUUGAGCGGUACCGCCAGCUAGUUGACAACUUUGACAAAUACCUGCUCGAGCGUCGCCAGGGGCUUCUUUUCUCUGAGAACCUGACCGAUGCGCUAACUCUGACUUUGGAACCUGUGGCUGAGCCGACCCAAAUGGCAAAACUUCAAGCAUCUAUCUCCGGAAUUACCAGUGCUGUACUGGAAAGUCCUGGUCAGCGCGCGAAGCCGAAAGCAAAGGCAUCUUCUUCCUUUGUAUCGUUUUUGACACCAAAGAAGAAUAAAACAGCUCCUUUGAAGUCAUCUGACGCUCCAGCCAACGCGGAUCCAGCUACCCCUCCUAGGCCAGGCAGCAAAACCGUUGCUGCCAGUCCUUUUGGUUCACAUUAUCAAAGUACUCGUGAUAUUGUGGUGGAACCAUUCUUGGCCCCAGUUCCACCUUCGGGUCCCUGGACCCCUGCAAGGACAAAGAAAUGGAAUGCUGAUGAGGAAGAUGUGUUUACAGCAGGGGGUCAGUGGGGAGAAAAGCCAUCGAAUAAGCUUGACGAUACCAAGGAAGAAGAGAAGGGAGAGAAAACAACCACUGUGACACUGUCGCAGUUACUAGACAAUGUUGUUAUACUGGAAGAGUCCAUCAAAGAGCUGGUCGCUAUUAUCCAUGCACGGCGGAGCCUUGGCAUUGACUCUGUCCGGUAUCUAUAGGUGUAAUGGUUUG